GUCUCGGAAGUUUAGCCAAGUUGCAGUGAUUUAGCCGAGCCAGCUAGUGAGAUAAAAGACGGUGCGACUCCUGCAAACUUGGUUUUCACGGAGUAAAAGUGCUUUUUGUUGGAGUUUCAAACCCUUUGUUGAGACGUGAAGGAUUAUUGAUGGAUUCGAACCGUUUUCCAUUGUUCAGCUUUCGCAAACAUGAACGUUAGCCACCUUUGAAAUAAGUUGUGAUUGUUUUUUUUUGGCGCUCUGGCAGCGCAGAGGAAAGAUGGUGGACUCGCUAGUGUAGCAGCAGGCUAACGCUAGCUAGCUUGUUGGUUUACUAGCUAGCGUCGUUUUGUUAAAACCCGGAGCUGCUCGCCAACUGUUUGAAUGUCCGAAAAGUUUUGAUGGUUUCGUUAAACACAUCUGUGCUGUCACUAUUGCUGUUCAUGUGGGCAAAGUCGAAAGAGCAUGAGUGUCCCUCAGCCUCCGAGGAUGGAACCAGGGGUACUGGCGGUAGGAUCUAGAUGUCAGAUGGUCCUCUGAAGAAGCCAUGGGUAGCUGUUUAAGCUGUCCAGAGAAAGAAUCAAUUCCAGAUAAUCAUCAAAGCAAAUUCAAGGUGAUCAACGUGGACGACGAUGGGAACGAGCUGGGCUCUGGCGUGAUGGAGCUGACUGAGUCCGAGCUGGUGCUCCACACCCAUCGCCGUGACGAUGUUAGGUGGCCCUACUUGUGCCUGCGGCGCUAUGGCUACGACUCCAACCUCUUCUCCUUUGAGAGCGGCCGCCGAUGCCAGACAGGCCAGGGGAUCUUUGCAUUCAAGUGUGCCCGAGCAGAGGAGAUCUUCAACAUGCUCCAGGAGGUGAUGCACAGCCACAGCAUCAGUGUAGUGGAGGAGGCUGUGUUGGAGCCCAACCACCAGGCCACACACACUCCACACACUCCUGCAGCUCUGGGAUACUCUGUGCCCACAGUGCCAAAUGGUGUGACCAGGAUCCCCUCUGUGGGUGACGCCCCGUCUCACCCUUCCACCCGUCACCCGUCUGUGGCCAGCACCCGUCUGCCUUCAGUGGGAGAGGAGUCCACCCACCCCUUACUGGUGGCUGAAGAUGCGGUACACACCUAUGUCAACACCACAGGGCUGCUGGAAGACCAGCCCAGCCCCUUGACAGUCAUCACCCCUCUGGAGAGCCCUGGCUCUCCCCAGUCACAGUGCCCUCCGACCCCUCCACCUCCUCCAAGGGUCCGCACUGAGCUCCCAGCACUGCCCCAAGAGCCCCAGGUGAUGCUGGAGCCCCAGGGGGUACGUUUCGUCCUGGGUCCCACCCCUGUGCAGAGGCAGCUGAUGGCCAAGGAGAAGGAGAAGCAGGAGGCAAAGGAGUCCAAGAGCCUGGAGGCUGAGGAGGAGGCCAAAGAGACCAACGGCCACAUGGACACACAGCAAAGUGCCAAGGAAAUGCCUGGUGAAGUGGAGCUGGCCCACACACACUCCAACGGCUCCACUGCCACCAACAACACCACCACCACCACCACCACCUCCUCUUCCUCUGCAAUCUCCUCAAACCCAGGCACAGCCCCCAGGCGCCACCGCCCGCCCCCCCUCACCCCCGACGUCCAGAAUGUCAACAACUCGGCCCAGCGGCGCACGGCCCUACUGGACUAUGAGAACCUGCCAGCACUGCCACCUGUCUGGGAGGCGCGGAAGCCGAACUCUGAGGAGGAGGAGACUGGCCGCAGCAGCAGCAACAGCAGCCUGAAGACACCCUCCCUUAACGGCUACAACCACCACCACCACCAUGGCCUGCUGCAGCACUCCUACUCACACCCCCUGUCGGCAGCCCUGGAGCCCUCCCAUAACUACGUUAACACCGAGAAUGUCGCAGCGCCGCUCAGCGCCCACCGGCCCGAAACAGCCCGCCGCCGAGCUGACGGGCCAACCGUCUUCAACUUUGACUUCCGGCGGCUGCCGCUGGCGGGCCAGCCAGAGCCGGCCAAGACGCUGAACUACAUCGAGCUGGAGAUGGACAGCAGCACGGGAGCCGGAAACAAGGGCGUCUCGGACGGCAGUAACCCCCACACACCCCGCACCCCCACCUCACCCCUGCCACCCGGCACGCCCACUCGUCGUACCGAGCUCUACGCCCUCAUUGACAUCGAGCGCACGGCCGCCAUGUCAAACCUGCAGAAGGCCCGGCCGCGGGACGAUGGCACCUCGCGCAAGACACGGCACAACAGCACCGAGCUGCCCACAAAAAGCACUGUGUGACCCUUCCCUCUUCACCAUCCCUACACACCCCUCACCUCUUCCCCGGUUUUUUUUUUUUUUUUUAAUUUCUAAAUACCAUCCUGAGGCACGGGGGGGAGGGGGCGCUGUCUUUAUAUUUACCCCACAGAGAGAAAAGACUCUCCCAGUACAAAGUCUUAAAAAAACAAAAACAAAAAAAAAACAACAAAAAAAACAAAUGUGUUAACAGACUUUUUUUGUGCGGUUACCUGUAAUGGAAUUCAGGGGGACCCAAAAAAGAAAAAAAAAUUGUAAACCCUAGGUACUUGCCAUAUACCAAUUUAUUCCUAUGGUAAUAUAAUACCUCUUUUCCUUCACUCAUUCUACAGUGCAUUUUGGGUUGUUUAUUAUGUUAAUAAGAAUGGACUGCAUUCCUCAUCCUCCUCACCCAUUCCCUCUCCUUAUAUGGUACAAAUCAGUAUUACUGAACAAAGCAUUCCAUUUAGCCUUUUUUUUUUUUAAAUAUGAUUGACUACAUGCUGCUGUAAUUUCAGUAUCUGAGGAUUACAUGGUACACAACAUUAUGUUUCUGACUAUGUACAGUAGAUUCUGGCACAAUAAAUGUCUGUUCUGUUUUUAUUUGUACUCAGCCGAUAAGAGGCCUUUGUCCUGUCUCGUGCGUGUCAUACUCUUGUCUAGCUCAGGUUUGUGGAGCCGUAUGUCAUUGGAAAGCUUCUUUUUUUCGGGGGGGAGGGGCGUGU